CAGUGCCCAGCAGUUCCACCCACCAGUGCCAUAUAUCUGUGCCCAGCUGUGCCACCCACUUGUGCCCAGCAGUGCCACCCACUUGUGCCCAGCAGUGCCACCCACCAGUACCCAGAAGUGCCACCCACCAGUGCCCAGAAGUGCCACCCAUCAGUUCCCAACAGUGACGCCCAGCAGUGCCACCUAUCAGUGCCCAGCAGUGCCACCCAUCACUGCCUUUCAGUAUCACCUAUCAGUGCCAGUCAGUGCCACCUAUCAAUGCCUAUCAGUGCCACCAAUCAGUGCGCAUCAGUGUCGCCUAUCAGUGCCCAUCAG